UAACGAAAUCCCUCCAAUGCGUCAGUUGCUCUUACAGAACACCCGCGAUCAGUUGAGCUUUGGUAAAGUGUAAAUGCGAACAGAAACUUGUCGAGCCAAGCACAGUAUCGCUUCGCAGCGCGCGCAGCCUUCCUCCUCCCAAAAAAUCUGGGUUCCCCCACAAACGGAAGUAGUAAUUAUCGCGAGACUUGGCCUAUCUCGUGGGGAGACUCGGGACGAAAUUUAAACGGAGAGCUGUAGAGAGAUACUGAGACGCGUCUUUCUUCGUAGCCUGAAGUGGAAACGUUUCGAAGGAGACGUGGGAGUUGCUGGUGGCUCAAAAUGAAGAUUAUCAUGCAGAUUACAGUACAGACGGAAGCUACAUAGUCUAAUCGGGUCAGAGAGGAUAACAACACUUGAAGUCAAUAUUGUAAGUGUUAAUGAAAAUGGAGUCGGAUCAAGAAACAAUUUCACGUCUUCGAUGUCAGCUCAAAGAAGCAGAGGAAGAAAGAAGAAAGGCAGCACAAUAUGGUUUAAAGCUGGUAGAGAGCGAGAACUUGUUGCAGAAUCAGCUAGAUGAACUGCAAAAUGAAAUAGUUACUUUAACAGAGAAUUUUGAACAAGAAAAAUAUACCCUCCAGAGAGAAGUAGAACUAAAGAAUAGAAUGUUAGGAAGUCUGAAUCUUGAAUGUGAGACUCUUAAGCAACAGCAAAGUAUACAGUUCGAUACAUUACGUGAACAACUGGGAAGGCUGCAUGGUCAAGAAAUGAAUGAAUUUAAGAAUAAGGUGGAGAAACUGAAAUCUGAGCUAAAUGAAACUCUUCUUAGUGAGAAACAGUUGAAGCACAAAGUGGACCAUCUGAAGGAAGUCAUUGCAUCUAAGUCGGAAGAACUACGCAUAACGUCAGAGCGUGUACAUGAAACCAUGUCUUCAGAAGUGCUCAAUCUUCAGCUUGAGCUGCUGGCACUUGAACAGGCAAAGGCAGAUCUUGAGGACAAAUUACAUGAUCUCCAAUACAGCAAGGAGCAGCUAGAACUUGGAAAUAGCAAUCUGACUAAUCGUGUGGCACAUCUUGAAGAGGAGAAAGAAGAGAGGGAGAAAGAUCUUGUUUCAUAUUGUAAUGCAUUAGAGAAAGCUCGUGAAGAGAAUAGAGACCUUCACGUUCAACUUGACCAUGCACUGCAACAAGCCUUGGAUCCUUCCAGUAAAGGCAAUUCUUUGUUUGCUGAGGUGGAGGACCGUAGAGCAGAAAUGGAGCGUCAGUUGAUCAGUAUGAAAGUGAAAUACCAGUUGCUACAAAAACAACAUUCUUUCACUAGAGAACAGCUGCAAAGAAUGAAGUUACAGAUGGCUACACUCCUACGAAUGAAAGGUUCACAAGGGGAGCAUGAUCAGCUGGAACGUUUGCAAAGCAUGCUUCAACAAAAGAAUGGAGAAAUAGAAGAACUUCUCAUGAAAGUGAAGCAAUUGGAAAAGUCCACGAAGGUAUCUGAAAACUCAAGAGAGCUUAAACUUUCUAACACUUCAGAAUAUGCAGAAUUUGAAGAUGGAUAUUACACUGAUUUGCUUCAGAUGAAACUUGAAAAUUCAGAAAAGGAGACAGAAAAUUUGAAAAGUGAAUUGUCUCUACAGCGGAUGAAGGCUCUGUUUGAAAGUCAACGGGUCUUGGAGAUGGAGCGGAAGCUUUUUGCAAAUGAAAGACAACUUGAGGCUUGUCAAAGUGAAAACAUAAAUUUGCAUGUGCUGCUGGAUGAAUUGAAAAUAAAGUAUGAUCCUGAAGAGUUAAUGACAGACACAGUCAAUCUGGGGAAGAUUCCAGGGGAUAUGAUUUCACAAAACCUAAGUAGGAGUGGGUAUUCUGUGUGCGAGACCUCUUGUGUGCUGUCUCAAAACAAGAAACAGACAAAACUACGUGAGGAUGCUCUGAAAGCCACACUUCAGGCCAUGUCAGUUAAAGUGGAACAGAGAAGUGACCAACCUGAAAAGAAGAAAGUUAAAAUCAAGGAGGAAGAAUUUGAUAGGACAGCUACAAAUACGAAAUAUAGGAAUAAAAUUGGACCGUCUCCUGCUAUCAGGUUAACAACUGAUCCUGGAACAAAGACAGAAGAAAACUAUGCUGCUACAGCUGGAGAUACAAGUAAACGUGAGAAGAAAAGCCAAAAGAAAACAUAUCCCAUAACAUACAUGCCUUCCAAACAAGGUCCUGAAACUCAGUGUACUCAACAAUAAUUGCUUGUUUGUUACUGAGGGCCUUUAGGUAUUUAAGUGUAGAGCAAUGUACUGGAGCAUACAAUUUGACCUAGGCUCUUUGGUGCCUUUUCUUAAUGCUCGGACUUUAUAUAGGCAGUCCUUUAAUGGUGGCCUUAGCUGAGUAGAUAUAUAACACUGAAACUAAAUUCCUCAACGCUAUUGCUACAGGAGCUGUGCAGUAUACCUCAAAAGCUAUUAAUCUAUAGGGAAAAAAUAAGCAUGUAACUACGGUUAACAAAGCAGAAAUACUGCAGUGGUUUCAGAUACCUUUUAAAAGUGAUAUUAAUUGCACACUGGAGUGUGCAAUGAUUAGGUGCUAAGUCUAUUGACAAUAAGGCAAAGUUGAUUCCUCGCACCCCUUCCCCCCAGCUUGCCUCCCUAAAUGUAUUUCUGCUCUUUUCAAAUGUACUAAUGUAGUAAAAGUUUUAUCAUGUUUGAGUUAAUGCUUUUCGGUUAUUGUAUUCAAUUUGCAAUCUUCUUAAUAAAGACAACCCUUUUUUAAAA